ACUCAAAUCUAGAUCUGAUCGCAGAUCGCCACUCCCCCUCACCUGAAAGAUCGACGAAGGAAACCUUGGCGUCGAAGUGACUUGGAGGCAGGGAAAGCAAGGCAACAACAACGCGGAGGGCCAAAAAGUUGCCCUUCGCUAUACAAAGACCAAGCCAGUCAAGCACACGCAGUCAAAGUAAAGGUAGAGAGGUGCAUGGCGAGCAGCGCGGAAGUGACGGUGCCAGCCGCCGACGUGCUGCCCGUUGCCGACUUCCAGCGCUAUCUAUUGUCCACAUGCAUGCCGCUCUUCGGCGAGGGCUUGUCGCUCAGCGUGGACAGCUUCAAGACUGACCUCGCGAGUGCGGAAGCGACCAACACUCUGGACCAGUUCGUGUCGGACUCAGCCACGCGCGUGCUGCAGGUCCACUGCUUGCCCGCACGCGCCGAUGAGGACAGUCCCAUGGACGGCUCCACGUUCCGAGUGCGCGUGAACGUGGGCAUCGAGUACUCGCCCGGCAAGAAGAGCGGGCACGACGUGGUGUGCUUCAUCAAGCGCUUCAGUGCGCCGCUGGCCAAGGACCAAACGCUUAACCACCAGCUGCAGGUAAUGACGCUCGGACUAGGUAGUAAGGAAGUGGACAAAGCGGACUCGGACACGGCCACAAGUAGCAGUGGCGAAAACACGGAGGAAGAGGACGAGGACAGGGGCAACCUGCUCUCUGUUGUUUACAACUACGUGCACCAAUCUUUCACGCCGCUCGUAAAUGAGUACUCCAAAGUGCACAUGCCGCAAAGCGAGAUGACGAAUCUGAGUGAAGGAACGAGAGGUUUACCAGCCAUUCGACGCAGGAUGAAGGAGCUGGAGCUCGCUUUGCUCCAGUAUCAGCAAAACAUUGAGAUCCCAGAGGUGAAUUUGAUUUUCCACCCCGUGAUUCAACAGGCAGCGGAGCUUGUCCGCGAGAAAGGCGUGUUAAUUGAUGUGGAAGCGCUCGGACUGGAGGAUAAAGUGAACGACGUGGCCUUCGUCAAUACCAUCCAGGGAGGUGUGAGCAAGUGGAUCAAGGAGAUCCAGAAAGUCACGCGUCUGGUGAACGAGCCAUUGCCAGGAACUGCCAUGCAGGAGAUCAACUUUUGGUGCGAUUUGAACCGCGCUCUUCUUGCUGUGCAGGAGAAACUGAAGUCUCCCGAGGUUGAGAUCACGCUGGCAGUGCUGCAACGAGCCAAGAGAUAUCUGGCUACAGUUUCCUUCAGCACUGACCACGGCUUGGGUCCGGCGCUUCAACAGGUGUCUAGUGUCAUGACGCUUAUGAAGGAGUUCCCAAUGAACUCCAUCUUGUCGGCCACGGACAUUAGCCAGCUGAACCAAGGAGUGACUCUUGUCUUCACCCACUUGAAGAAGAUCCGCGUGGCCGACUCGUACAAUCUGUCGCGUCUGCUGCAUUUAGUGGAAGUCAUGUCAAGUGAUUUAACGCAGCAGGUAAUUAGUUUGCUGCGCGUCUACAGCCUCAUUGAGAUCCCGUUCAACCAGUUCGAGCAGCUGGUUUCGUCGUGUAAGGAGCUUUUCACCAACUGGCACCGUCAGGUUACAGCGCUCUAUGACCUCACGAAGGAGCUCUUCAAGCGACGAGGUGGUUCGAUCAACACGGAAAAGCUGCCGCUGCUCUCCGAGUUGCAGAUGGAGCACGUUGCGAUUGAAGAGCGAUUGCUGGAGCUGUACGAGUUCCGAGAGCAGCACGAGAAGCUGCGUGAUGUGAUUCAGAGAGUGCUGGGUGGAUCGAACGCCAUUGGAUUGGACGAGGCCCGUGGAGGUGAUGGCACAAACGACGCACUGGCUGAAAUUAACUCGGCGUACGCCCAAUUGAACUCCCUGGAUCCUCUUGAUGUGUCUGGCGAAGGCAUGACUGCUUGGAAGAACCUACGUAAGGCGUAUGAUCUCUGCAUUGACCGCGUUGAAGGGCGUAUUAUCAACAGCCUUACCAGUCGGCUAAGUGCUACUUCGAACGCCGACGAGAUGUUCCGCGUGUUCUCCAAGUACAACGCACUCUUUUUCCGUCCUCGUAUUCGCAGCGCUGUGCAGCAGUUCCAGAUGCAGCUGAUUGAAAACGUCAAGGAGGACGUGAGCAACCUGCAAGCUAAGUUCCGUGCUCACUAUGCGUACUCAGAGGCGUCGCGCACAAGCAAGUUGCGCGAUAUUCCUCCUAUCGCUGGUGCGGUGAUGUGGGCGAAGCAAAUCGAACGAAAGCUGAAAAUGCUGCUGUCACGUGUUGAAAGUGUCCUUGGCAUUGGCUGGGAGCAGCACGUGGAAGGCAAGGCCCUUAAGGCAGCGGCUGAGGCAUUUAUUGCUAAAUUGAACCCGCAGCUUAUCUUCGACCAGUGGGUGAACGAUUUGGCAUCAAUGCCGAUCUUCGACAUCAAAAAUAUUAUUCUGAACAUCGUGACGGAAGAUACGCCACAGGGUGAGAAGAAAAAGUUGGUGGUGGCAUUCAACCAGCAAAUUGUGACGUUGUUCAAGGAAGUGCGAAACCUGGAGUGGUUGGGCUAUCGUGUGCCUUUCACGCUGAAGAUGAUUGCUGAAGAUGCCAAGUCAAAGUACCCGUUUGCAAUGUCUCUGGAUGCCAGUCUCAAGACGUACACUAGCUCGUGUCGACGUAUCCAGCCAAUUUUCGAGGCGCUAACGGCUGCAUAUGUUCGUGAAGUUCGUGCUACCAUUGGUAAGACGUUUACGAAAGGCAAUGAAAUGCGAUGGCAUGCCGAUGGAUUGGGUGAGUACGUGACUGACCUUGCUACGAAAGUGGAGCGUCUACACGAUAAAGUGGAUGAGUUGCUGCAGAAGACUAGCGAAAUUGACGCUCUUCUGGAGAGUGUCCGGACUAGUUCCGACUUCCAAGCCAGUGCUGUUCAAGCUGUGUUGGCGAAAGUUCAAGCGCAUGUCGAUGAGUUGAGCUUGGCUGGAUAUGCAAACUUGCACGUGUUUGUAAAGAACUUGAACGUGUUGAUUAGCGAGAUGCUGGGCAAGAAGCUCGAGGUGUUGCUGCAACGCUGGGUUGCUUGCUUUGGUCCUCAGCCCGAUGAAAAGUCGUUCCAAGCUGCUCUUGCCGAGGCCGGACUUACUGUUACGACCCACCAGAUCCUACUCAAGAACCAAGUGUUGUAUUUGGAGCCUUCAGUUGGGGACGCGCGUCGGGAAUGGCUUGCUCAGCUUCAAAACUUGCUGAACUCUGUGUGUGAUCUGCCCAAGAUUCAGACGUCGUCGUAUGAAAAUGUGUAUGGAAAGUCGACUGUGUUAGCCUUAUCGUCACCGCCCCGAAAGAGUGCUAGUUCUAGACGGCGCGAGGCUGUGUUCAAGGAGGCGCUGAACAAAGUGCCCCUGGACUUGCUCAUUAAAGCGUACGGUGUGUUGGAUGUCACUGUGAGUGAUGUGGAAAAGUAUGCGUCCACGUGGCUUCAAUACCAAGCAUUGUGGGAUAUGGACGCGCAGACUGCCUUGAACAGUGUUGGAGAGGAUCUUCGGAAGUGGCAGCAGAUUUUAGUGGAUAUCAAGAAUGAACGUAACGCGUUUGAUGCCGUCUUCAACACGAAGCGAUUCGGUCCGAUGGUGAUUAAUUACCAGCAAGUGCAAGCGCAAGUGAAUGUGAAGUAUGACGCAUGGCACAAUGAGUUCCUUGCCUACUUCGGUGAUCUUCUUCGCGACCAAAUCAACUCGUUCUACUCGACAAUCUCAUCUAAGCGAACGCUUCUGGAGCAACAUGCGCUUGAAGCUGCCACCGCGCAAGUAGUUGCUGCUAUCACGCUAAUCCAAGAAAUGCGUCAGAUGCGUGUCCAAUGGGAAGAAGCUGUGGAGUCAUUCGAACAGGGAGAGCGUUUGCUGAAGAAGCAGCGAUACAGAUUCACGGCAGAUUGGCCGUCGCUGGCGAAUGUGGAAGGAGAGUGGGAAGCUUUUAUUCAGCUGCUAGAGCGAAAGACUGCUGCGAUGGAAAGCCAGUUGCCUCAACUUCAGGCUAAGAUCAUGGAAGAGAAGAGCACACUGGACAGUAAGAUCAACAAGGGCGUGGCUGAAUGGGACAGCUCCAAGCCGUUGCAAGGUGACCAAUCACCGAAGGCUGCUACGGAAACUCUGAUCAUUUUCGAUACUCGCUUCAAGCUGCUGCGCGCUGAACAAGACAAAACGAAUGCGGCAUUGAAUGCUUUGAACAUUUCGUAUGUGUCUGGAAUGGGAGGCUCUUCCAUUGACGACGACCGCAGUUCGUACAGCGAUCUCUCGAGAGCCAUGGAGGAGUUAGCUGGUUUGGAUGAGGUCUGGAAGAGCAUUUCGAAGGUUUGGGUUCAAGUUGAUGAGCUGCAAGAUACACUGUGGUCUGCAGUUCACCCGCGCAAAGUCCGGAAGCAACUCGAUGAAAUUGUCGAUGAGAUGCGCCGCUUCCCUUCCCGAGUGCAACAGUACGAAGCCUUUGAGCAUUACACGUCGGUUAUUCAGUCGCGUAAGGCCAUGAAUUCUUUGCUGUCAGAACUGAAGUCGGAUGCUGUUCGUGACCGUCACUGGAAGCAGAUUCUGCGGCUGCUGAAUAUCUCGUCUCCGUUGACGGAGCUGACUCUACGCAAUUUCUGGGAAUCCAAGAUCUCCGCCAACGACAAUGAGCUCAAGUCGAUUAUUCGUACGGCUCAGGGCGAGAUGGCACUUGACGAGUUUUUGCGCCAAGUGUCAGAUUACUGGACCAACUACCAGCUUGACCUGGUUAACUACCAGAACCGUUGCCGAGUCAUUCGCGGUUGGGACGAAAUGUUUGCCAAGCUUGAUGAACAUCUCAACAGUUUGAGCAGUAUGAAGCAGUCUCCGUACUACCGCGUGUUUGCCGAGCUCGCGACGAGCUGGGAAGACAAACUCACUAGGAUUCGUAGCAUCCUCGACUUCUGGAUCGAUGUUCAAAGACGCUGGGUAUACCUUGAAGGCAUCUUUUUCGGAUCAGCGGAUAUUAAGCAGCAGUUGCCGAAGGAGUUCGCGCGUUUCCAGAGCGUCGACAAUGAGUUCACUUCGACAAUGAAGCGCGUUGCGCACAAGCCAAUGAUCGUGGAUGUCGCCAAUAUCCCGAACCUGUAUCAUUCGCUUGAGCGUCAGCAAGACAUGAUGGGCAACGUCCAGCGUGCUCUGGGUGAAUAUCUGGAGCGUCAGCGAGCUGCAUUCCCUCGAUUCUAUUUCGUAGGCGAUGAAGACUUGCUGGAAAUGAUUGGCAACAGCAAGGAGCCGAUGCAGAUUCAGCGGCAUCUGUCCAAAAUGUUUGCUGGCAUUUCUUCGUUGGAGAUGGACAACAGUUCGGGUGUAAUUCUGGGAAUGGCAUCACGUGAAGGCGAAGUCGUCCACUUUAAAGAGCCAGUGAAGACGACCGAAGAUACCCGCAUCAACAUCUGGCUGGGCAAGGUCGAAGAGCAGAUGCGUAAAACACUAUCACUUCUUCUGGAAGAAGCUGUGCGUUCAUACCCGACGGAUGACAAUGCCGAGGCGUAUCUGAAGUGGGUAUCCGAAUUCCCGGCUCAAGUGAUCAUCCUUGCUACCCAGGUGCAAUGGUCAAACGAAGUUGAAAGCGUCUUGAAGGCUGGUGGUGACAAACUAUCGGUGGUUAUCGAGCAGCUGGAUAAGUUGCUUCUCAUUUUGAGUGAACGUGUCCUGACCGAUGUGAAGAAUGAUGUACGGAAGAAGUAUGAGCAACUGAUUACGGAACUUGUGCACCAGAAGAGCGUCACCAAACGCUUGAGUCAGGCCAAGGUGGGCAGUGCAGAAGACUUCCGUUGGCUGUAUCACAUGCGUCACUACUUCCAAGCCAAGGAGUCGGAUCCGCUCAAGAAACUCACUAUCCAGAUUUCCAACGCGAGUUUUUCGUACGGAUUCGAGUACUUCGGUGUUGGCGAGAGGCUUGUGCAAACGCCACUUACCGAACGCUGUUACCUAACGUUGACGCAAGCGCUGGACUUCGGAAUGGGCGGAAAUCCGUUCGGUCCUGCCGGCACAGGUAAAACAGAGUCUGUAAAGGCUCUAGGAUCCCACUUGGGUCGCUUCGUACUGGUCUUCAACUGUGACGAACACUUCGAUUUCCAAGCGAUGGGUCGUAUUUUUGUUGGUUUGUGUCAAGUUGGCGCUUGGGGGUGUUUCGACGAGUUUAAUCGUCUUGAGGAGCGCGUGCUUUCUGCCGUGUCCCAACAAAUUUUGGCUAUCCAAAGUGGAGUGUCCUCGCUGAAGGGCGGUAAGGCAGCUAACAACGCGCAGGCGCUCACGAACGGUAGCAGUUCCACAGCUACCAUCGAGUUGCUGGGCAAGAGCGUUAAGCUAAAUCCCGAUGUGGGUAUCUUUGUGACGAUGAACCCGGGUUACGCUGGCCGAUCGAAUCUACCGGACAACUUGAAGCAACUGUUCCGCAGCAUCGCAAUGGUUGCCCCGGAUCGCGAAUUGAUCGCGCAGGUGAUGCUAUUCUCCCAGGGUAUUACCACAGCGGAGCAGAUCUCGGCCAAGGUUGUGCUUCUGUUUAAUCUCUGCGAAGACCAACUUUCGAAGCAGCCUCACUAUGACUUCGGGCUUCGCGCGUUGAAGAGCGUGCUAGUGAGUGCUGGUCAGCUCAAGAGAAAGAUCACCCAAUCACAGGAUGAUGCGACUCCGGCAAACAUUGAGGAGCUGGAAACGAAGGCGCUGAUCGGCUCUAUUACUGACACGAUUUUGCCCAAGCUCGUUUCAAACGAUGUCCCUGUAUUCGAGACGCUCCUGAAGGGAGUGUUCCCGGGCACUGAAGCUCAUCGUAUCGAAGAAGACACUCUUCGCGCACGGAUUGUUGAGCUGGCAAAGAAAAACAAUUUCGUUGCAUACGACCAAUGGGUCGAGAAGGCGUUGCAGCUAUACCAGGUCAUGCAACUUCGACACGGUGUGAUGCUUGUUGGCGCAUCUGGAACUGGAAAGUCGAGCGCGUGGCGCGUGCUGAUGAACGCUAUGGAGCUUGUUGAUGGUGUGAAGGGCGAAGCACAUGUGAUUGAUCCGAAGGCUCUUUCGAAGGAGCAUUUGUACGGUGUUCUUGACAACACGACGCUUGAGUGGACAGACGGUGUGUUCACACACUUGCUUCGACAGGUGCUUAACAGCGUGAGAGGUGAAAGCGAGAAGCGACACUGGAUUAUCUUUGACGGCGACGUGGAUCCAGAAUGGGCUGAGAACUUGAACUCGGUGUUGGAUGACAACCGCCUGCUGACGCUUCCGUCAGGCGAACGUCUUGAGAUUCCUCCGAAUGUGUGGAUCAUGAUGGAAACGGAGACUUUGCGCUACGCCACUCUGGCUACGGUCAGUCGCUGUGGUAUGGUUUGGUUCUCGCAUGAUACGGUGAAGACGUGCCACAUCGUUGAGCACUAUCUGCUGAAAAUGCGAGAUGAUGUGUCUGUUGUUUCCUCAUUCUCGCUGCAGCCGAGCGAAAGUGAGCUGGCGAAGAAGACUGCGCACACCUACGUCGCUCUCCUCCGUGAGCUGAUAAGUCGUGGAGAUGGAAUGCCCUCGUUGAUUGAGAUUUGCUUGGAGCAGGCAAUGGGUCAAGUGCACAUCAUGGAGGUAACUGCACUACGGCUGCUUAUGUCGAUGUUUACACUACUUGGACGCGGUUUGUCUCGCAUCAACGAGUACAACGAAGGACACUCUGAUUUCCCGAUGACGAUUGAGCAAAUGUCACGCUUUGUGCCGAAGUGGUUUGUAUUUUCAGUUCUGUGGGGCUUCGGGGGGUCUAUGGACUCGUCAAACCGCAUGAUAUUGUGCGAUUUCGUGGUGCAAACACUCGAGAAUCGUUUGGUCUUCCCUGUUUCUGCUUCGUCCAGUCCAGACAACAGUCUUCUUGAGUACGAAGUUAACAUCGAUGACGGUGAAUGGCGCCAGUGGUUGCGAUCGAUUCCGCAGCUGGAUCUUGAGAGCCACCAAGUACUGUCAACUGAUGUUGUGGUGACAACUGUGGAUACGAUUCGUCACGUUGAAGUGCUGCGUGGAUGGCUUUCUCAACAUCGUCCACUCAUUCUCUGUGGUCCGCCCGGUAGUGGUAAGACGAUGACGUUGACGUCCACGAUCAACUCGCUUCCUGAAUUCGAAUUCGCGAGUCUCAACUUCUCGUCUGGUACCUCGCCCGACCUUAUCUUGAAGACGUUCUCUCAGUAUUGCGAAUACAAACGCACACCCAAUGGAAUGUUGUUGGCGCCAAAUGCACCGGAGAAAUGGCUCGUCGUGUUCUGCGAUGAGAUCAAUCUUCCGGAAGCUGACCGGUAUGGAACACAACGCGUGAUCACAUUCUUGAGGCAACUGAUUGAGCAAGGUGGUUUUUGGCUUGGCGGUAAGAACACUUGGGUGCGGUUGGAACGCAUUCAGUUCGUCGGUGCGUGUAACCCGCCGACGGAUCCAGGCCGUGUGCCGAUUUCUCUGCGUCUGCUGCGCCAUGCGCCUGUGCUUCUGGUUGAUUUCCCGUCGUAUCCUUCGUUGAAGCAGAUUUACGGAACGUUUAACCGUGCUCUGCUGAAACUGACGCCAUCUCUUCGGUCGUACGUGCAGCCACUUACUGAUGCCAUGGUUGACGUGUACGAUAGCAACCAGAAGAAAUUCACGGCGGAGAUGCAACCGCACUACAUUUACAGUCCGCGAGAGCUGUCGAGAUGGAUGCGUGCGCUGUACGAAGCUAUUGAACCAUUGGAGUACGAAAUCGACAUCGAAACACUCGUCAAGCUGGUCUUCCACGAAGCUCUGCGACUUUUCAUGGAUCGCUUAGUGACAUCUGAUGAGCAAAAGUGGUGCUUCCGCAUGGUGAAGGAGACGCUAAGGAACCAUUUCCCGCAAAGUGCUACUGCUCUGGAGGUGGUGGAGUAUGGAGGCCAACACCCGAUUCUGUUCAGUACGUGGCUUUCCAAGAACUACACUGAAGUCACGACGACGGAUCUCCGCAAGCAUAUUGAAGCUCGCUUGCGUGUUUUCUACGAAGAAGAGCUUAACGUUCAGCUGGUGGUUUUCGACUCGGUUAUCGAUCAUGUGCUUCGCAUUGAUCGCGUGCUUCGUCAACCGCUUGGCCAUUUGCUGCUGGUUGGAGAAAGUGGCGCAGGAAAGACCGUGUUGUCGCGUUUCGUUAGUUGGAUGAACGGCAUGUCUGUGUUCCAGAUCAAGCUGACAUCGAACUAUACUCUGGACAACUUUGACGACGACCUCCGUGUUGUGCUGAAACGAUGUGGUUGUGAAGCUGAGAAGAUCUGCUUCAUCUUUGACGAGUCCAACGUGCUGGAUUCUGCGUUCUUGGAACGCAUGAACGCUCUGCUUGCAUCUGGUGAAGUGCCUGGUCUGUUCGAAGACGAUGAGUACACGUCACUGAUGCAUGCUUGCCGUGAAGCUGUGCAGCGUGACGGCGUCAUUGUGGAGAAUACCGAGGACGAACUGUUCCGAUACUUUACGAAGCAGGUACAGCGAAACCUUCACGUUGUAUUUACCAUGAACCCAGCUUCGGGUGACUUCCAGAACCGUACCAAUACUUCUCCCGCUCUCUUCAACCGAUGCGUGGUUGACUGGUUCGGUACGUGGAAUGAUCACGCACUAGCGCAAGUGGCGUACGAGUUUACGAACACUCUGGAUCUUGCUGGGUCCUCGGACUUUAUCAUUCCAGAUGAUGCUGCUGCGGUCUUGGCGAAACUGAUCCCGCAUAUUGCGACAGGAACGUUCCGUGACGUGCUGGUGGGCAGCAUUGUUCAGUUCCACCAUGCUGUGCUGCUUCACAUGCGGCGUCUGCAGAAGCGUCACAUGAAGUACAACCACAUUUCUCCGAGAGACUACCUGGAAUUUAUCCGUCACUUUGUGUCGCUGUAUUCGGAGAAGCGUGCUCAGCUGGAGGACCAGCAGCUUCACUUGAAUGUAGGUGUGCAAAAGCUACAAGCUACUCAUGAGCAGGUGGAAGAGUUGCAAGGUCAGCUCAGUCUGAAGGAGAAGGAGCUGAAGAAGAAGGACGUGGAAGCCAACGAAAAGCUUCAACAGAUGGUACAGGAGCAGAAUGAAGCGCAAGAAAAGAAGAAGGACACGGAGGCACUUGCUGCUGACCUUGCGAGCAAGGACGAAGAGAUCCGCUCGCGGAAGGAAGUUGUCGAGGCUGAUCUUGCGCAGGCCGAGCCUGCGCUUCUGGAUGCUCAGGCGUCCGUGAACUCGAUUCGUAAGGCUCAGCUUGAUGAAAUUCGAGCGCUUGCACGUCCUCCUGCCGCUGUCCGAAUGACGAUGGAGGCAGUAGCGGUAAUGCUUGGCGAAUCCAGCUUGGAAUGGGCUGACUUGCGUAAGUUUAUUCGCAAGGACGACUUUAUCUCGCAGGUUGUGAACUUCGACUCGGAGAAGCUGACAGGUCGCCAGCGGCACACGAUCCAGACGAACUACGUUGACAAGGUUGAUGAAUUUGACUAUGAAAAGGUGAAUCGCGCGUCGAAGGCGUGUGGUCCGUUGUACAAAUGGAUUGUGUCGCAGCUCAACUACACGAAUAUCCUGCACAAAAUCCAACCGCUGCGAGACGAGGUGCAGACUCUGAUUGACACGUCGUCGGAUCUGCGUGAGAGAUACGAGCAAGCCAAAAAGACCAUCGACGCGCUCGAGAUUCGCAUCGAGAACUUCAAGCACGAGUAUGCGGCGUUGAUCAACGAGGCGCAGAUUAUCACGAACGACAUGGCUUCGGUGUCUAAGAAGGUGGAGCGUUCUGUGGCAUUGUUAAAGAGUUUGCUGCAAGAGAGUGAGCGCUGGGAAGCUGGUUCGAACGACUUCGACACUCAGAUGAAGACGCUCGUGGGCGAUACGUUGUUGUCCUCUGCGUUCCUCACCUACAUCGGCUUCCUUGAUUUCCAACAGCGGAAGAUUCUGGUUCAGGACUGGCGUGACAUCUUGGACUCAAUGGGCAUCAGCACGAAGCCGCAGUUGAGCUUCGUGGACUAUCUGUCGCGACCGAAUGAACAGCUGGAGUGGCAGAUGAGCGACUUACCUUCGGACGAGUUGUGCUACGAGAACGCGAUCAUUCUGCAGCGCUUCCACCGCUUCCCGUUGAUCAUCGAUCCUUCUGGACAAGCGAACAAUUUCAUCAUGAAGUACUACAGUCUCAAGACGAGUACGAAGAUCACGCAAACGUCGUUCCUGGACAGCUCGUUCAUGAAGGUUUUGGCCAGUGCUAUUCGCUUCGGCACUGCUCUUUUGGUGCACGAAGUGGAGAAUAUCGACCCAAUCCUGAACCCUGUGUUGAACCGUGAACUCUACAAGACCGGUGGUCGCGUGUUGAUUCGUCUCGCAGGCGAGGAAAUCGACUACUCUCCGGACUUCCGACUCUUCUUGAUCACGAGAGAUCCUUCGUGCCGUUUUUCGCCUGAUAUCUGCAGCCGCGUGACGUUUGUUAACUUCACUGUCACCCCAAGUUCGUUGGAGAGUCAGGGAUUGAGCAUUCUACUCAAGAGUGAACAGCCUGAAGCAGAGGAAAAGCGUAACAAUCUUCUCAAGUUGCAGGGCGAGUACCAGGCAAAAUUACGCGAGCUGGAGGACUCUCUUCUGCAACAGAUCAACAAUGUACAGGGCAACAUUCUGGACGACGACCGGGUCAUCAAUGCUCUGGAAAGUAUGAAGGCGGAGGCUGCCCAGAUCUCACAGCAAGUGGCGGAAACUGAGACAACAAUGGCGAUUGUGGAGGAAGCAACAAGUCGCUACCGACCGCUUGCGAAGGCGAGUUCACGCUUGUUCUUCGCGUUGGAGAACUUGUCAUCGGUCCACUUCCUGUACCAGUACUCGCUUGACUUCUUCUUGUCCUUGUUGUCCAAGGUGUUGGCCCAGCCCACCCAAGGAGGAGACUCGGCUCGCCUUGCCAGUAUUUCUACCGGACUCUUCGUCCAGCUUGCUAGACGAGUGAGUAGAGGUCUUGCAGAGAACGACAAGCUCAUGUUUGCGUUGCGGCUGUCUCAGAUUUAUCUGGAGCUGGAGCAGCAGAGUGCUGCAGUCGCUGAAGCUAAAACAACGAUGGAUGACAGCAGUGCAUUUGAUGGACCUACGGAUGAAGACAUGGACAUACUUCUUGGAACCUCGUCGACCUUCUUCAAGACUGAUAGCGGUGCACAGCGCAGCGAGUUUGAACAGUUGCUACCGGCUUUCUCGAAGACUGAAAUUGAUCAGCUGCUGAAGUUGAUGAAGCUGUCGACGUUCAAGCACCUUGAGACGCAUGUGCGUGAGCACGCUGAGGAGUGGAAUAGCUUUAUCAAGACCGCAUCAGCUGAGGAAGCUCUCCCUGCGGAUUGGGAUGCUGGGUGCGUGGCUGCUUCUGCUAGUCCGCGUCGUUCUGCUUUCCGGAACAUGAUCGUGAUUCAUUUCCUACGUCCGGAUCGUAUCACAUUUGCGUCGGAGCGAUACAUCGAGCUGGUAUUUACGGCAUCGUUCCCGUGGCGUGGCGAGAUCGAGCUGUCCAAGAACGUUGAAGAAGAUACUCAGGCAACGCGUGGAGUGCUUUUGUGCUCCACUACGGGUUUCGAUCCAAGUGCGCAGAUUGACGAACUCGCAGCAGUCCAGCAGAAGAAGUACAACUCGGUGUCCAUGGGUUCGUCGGAAGGUUUCGACGCUGCGGAGAAGGGUCUGAACACUGCUUUGAAGCAUGGAACCUGGUUGCUGCUGCGGAAUGUGCACUUGUGUCCGUCAUGGCUUGUAAGUGUGGAGAAGAAGCUCUACAACGCGCGCGAGAGUGUACACCCGAACUUCCGUCUGUUCCUGACGAGCGAGAUUAACCCCAACUUGCCAGUGAACCUCGUGCGCAUGUGCGAUAUUUUCGUGUUCGAGCCUCCGAGUGGUAUGAAGCUGAGUAUGGUGCGCUCGCUGGACACUGUGGCAGCGGACCGCAUGAACCGCUCACCGACCGAACGUGCUCGUCUGUACUUGCUGCUUGCGUGGUUCCACGCGUUGGUGCACGAGCGACUGCGUUUCGUGCCCAUCGGCUGGUCGAAAACGUACGAGUUCAGCCAAUCUGACUUCCGUGGUGCUUGUGACGUGAUUGAUCGCUGGGUGGAUUCAGUGGCCAGUGGACGUGUGCACGUUGCGCCUGAUAACAUCCCGUGGACAGCCAUCCGAAUUACGCUGAAGGAGUCGGUCUACGGUGGCCGUGUGGACAAUACGUUCGACCAGGAGCUGAUGGAUACGCUUUUGGAGCAUGUAUUCACCGCUGCCAGCUACGAGAACACUUUCGAGCUUGUGCCGCCUGGCGAAGGCAAGGAUACUGGACUUGUGAUUGCCGAGGGCAAGACCAAGGCGCAAUUCAUGGACUGGGUCCAUGCUCUCCCGACCACGAACCCACCGUCGUGGAUGGGUCUGCCACGGUCGGCGGAGAGGAUGGUGCUUAUCAACCAGGGUGCACGCAUACUGCGGAACUUGCAGGUGAUGCAGGACUUCUACGGCAGUGAAGGAGGAGACGAUAGCGCUGCGGCAGAUGACGAGAGUAAGAUGGUACUGGGCACUGCUACUGCUGACGGUGGAGAUGCCCGACCCAAGUGGGUACAGGAUCUGGACCAUCGUGUUGGCGCCUGGUUGCAGCUCUUUCCAGCGGAGGGGCUUGCUGUGCCCACUGUUCGUGAUCCAGUGCACUUCGGCAAUCCUGUCUACCGCUGUAUGUUCCGUGAGCUGGAACUCGGAGCAAAGUUCUUGGGUGACGUGGUUGGCUUGCUUCGGACAGUGCAACAGGUUUGUGCUUACAAGGCGAAGCCGUCGAAUGAAACCCGCGAGGCCAUGCGUACACUCUACCGAGAGCAGGUGCCUGAACAAUGGGCACAACUGUAUCGUGUCUCUGACGAGCUCAGCUUGAGCGAGUGGCUCGCGGACUUCUCCCGACGUGUGCACCAGUUGAACACGCUGUCUCAAGUCGCUCCGACCGAGAUUCUGCAGCAACCUGGUGGUAUCUGGCUCGGUGGGUUCUUCUCGCCUGAAGCUUUCGUGACGGCUGCACGCCAAAGUGCAGCGGCAGAUCUUGGCUGCUCGCUGGAUGAGUUGCAUCUGCUUGCCGAUGUGGAGGACCCUUCGACUUCAUCUGCUGGUGGCUUUACCGCGCGUGGACUUCUAUUGGAGGGAGCCAUUUGGAACUUCACCGGCUUUGCACCAUCUAACGAAAUCCGCAACAGCUUGUCUGCAUUGCAUCUUCGCUGGGCACCGCGGAGCGAGGAAACGGACAACCUUCGACUGCUUCCGGUGUAUUCGAACAGCAAGCGUGAGACUUUGUUCUUCUCGGUCGCGGUGAAUGUCGAGGAAAGUGCAUUCCCGAAAACGCAGUGGGUACAGCGUUCGGUGGCUCUUGUGCUCUGGGAGCUACAGGCCUAGACUUGAAGAGCAUGAAUGAGGAGAUUGAUGCCCCACAGGGGUUUGCAUUUUAAAACUGAGAGAUUUACUGUAUGUUUGAUGGACUUGGAUAAAUACGACCCAUGUCUGUCUCUUCUUCCUAAUGCUGAAUUACUAUGGCUGUGGCUUGACGUGCAGCUAUGGGUUGCGUGUACGUUGUCUCUUCUCAUGUUUGAUAGUUCUUCAUCUUGUUGCAAGAGAAUACAGGGGGCGGUGAUAUCGACC